GGGGUCGUGCUGGAGAAGAGCCUCGGUUGCCGGCAGCACGGCCCCACCUAAACUCCGGGCAGCUCGAUUAGUGAUCCAUCAUCACCUGCCGAAAGCUUCGGCGCAUAUUACCUAGACCUCCAGCCAGCGUUAGCAUUAAGGGAUCCCUCCCUCUAUAUCAUGUAUAUAUGCGAUCGAUUACCUCGGGAGUGUAGCCAUUGUUGAAGCGUAGCAAUGGAUGAGAAGAGAGUUGCCCUCGUCGUCGGAGCCUCCAGGGGUAUCGGGCGGCAGAUCGCCAUUGACCUUGCCAAAAGUCAAUAUGCGGUUGUGGUUGCCGCGAAGUCUACAAGUGAUGCAGCGAAAGUUACACCAUUCCCACCAGACCCCAACUCUCCCGAGUCGACAAUCUCGACCGUGACGCGGGAGAUCCUAGAAUCUGGAGGAGAUGCGGUAGCUAUCUCUGUCGACACUCGGGACUAUGCAAGCAUCGAAGCCCUCAUCACCAAGACGAUAGAGACCUACGGUCGUCUCGAUGUGCUAGUCUACAACUCUGGCGCCAUCUGGUGGGCAUCCGUCGAGGACACGCCCAUGAAAAGAUUCCAGCUAAUGCAGCGUGUGAACAUCGAGGGCCUCUACGGCGCAGUUCAAGCAGCCCUGCCGCAUCUCAAGAAGCACAAGCGGGGCCGGAUCAUCGUCGUGAGCCCGCCGAUCUAUUCCCGGUUCUUCAGGGGCAAGACGGCCUACGCCAUGGGCAAGGUGGGCAUGAGCGUCUUGACCAAGGGCCUGGCGAUGGACUUCCAGAGGCAAGGGCUUGGGGAAAUGGCGAUCACGAGUAUUUGGCCCGCCGCCGCUAUCGAAAGCGGCGCGACGAAGAAGAUGACGGAGAAGAACCCGGGUGAGGCACGCGAUCUCAGGAAGGCCACUAUCUUCUCUGAUGCGGUGUUGGCCAUGCUAGAGGCUCCGGCCGAGAGUGUCAACGGCAGACUAGAGCUGGACGAAGAUUUCCUCAGGACUGAUGCUGGUAUCUCUGAUUUCUCAAAAUACGCACUUGUUCCUGGUUCGACGCCGAGACGGAUCAUGCCGACAAAGUUACCUGAUUUAACCGUUGAAGAACAAGACGACGAAGGCAAGAGGAUGGAUAGUGCCUUGGAAAAGUCAAAAUUGUGAACGCCAGGCGUAUCCAUAAUAUCAUCACCUAUUGAUUUACAUGUACAAUUACCUGCAAUCUACACAUGCUCUUACAGUCUACACAUGCUCUUACAGACUACAUAGUGUUAAAGCUCAUGUGUCGAGUUAACGUACUACCGCUUCACAAUUUUUUCACUCGAAACGAGUUAUUGCAUAACUUCUUAAGACACCUAGAGCUUCUAAAACUUGAGUGCAAGUCGGUUUGAAAAGGAUUUCCCUUAAGAUUCCCGAAAGGCACCGCUCAGUAGUCGAGAACCUUACAGAUACCCACUCAAGAUAGAACACCAACAACCAGGCAGAAAACUGCGGAAGGAUCGGUGUGCAAAUGCCUUGUGUCGUGUUUCUCAAGGCAGAUACGGACAGCGCGACAAGAAGUGGCGGGAUAUUCUGUCAAAGACCAUGAC